AUAAUCUGUGUCGAAAGGAGACAAUAGAAAUUGAUGUAUAUAUGUGCUCCAGGAAGGUAUAGAAGCAUAUAUAAAUGUUUUACAAUCAUAUUGCAUUUUUUCUGUAUAUGGCUUAAAAUAGUUUUUUGUUUGUAUAAUCUAACAACAUUAUGGCUAUAUAUAUAUAUAUAUAUAUAUAUAUAUAAUAUGUAUAUAUGCUAUAAGCUAUAUAAUAUUUAUAAGCAAGUUAAAAAUAAAAUGAAAAUUCUGUCAUUUGCUCAUCGUUCUUCUGUGGAACACAAAAGUUAUUUUAAAGAAUGUUGGUAAUCUAACUUUUUUGGUUACCAUUAACUUAUUGUGUGGGGAAAUUUUUUUUCUUUUUCAAAAUGUAUUAUUUUAUGUUCCACAGAAGAAAUUCAUACAGGUUUGGAACAACAUAAAGAAUUUUGAACAUGCAAAAAAACAACCUUCACUCCCAAGAAAAAUCACCUGUUGGAGCUUUUUCUCAGAGUGACAUAUGCCCUGAAAACUACACAUAUAAAUGAGAAAAUGUUCCAUGGCAAAGACCAGCUAAACGGCCACCUGCAAAACCACGACCCCAACAAGCAGGAACUGCGGUGUGAGGAAUGCGGAAAGUGUUACAACACUCGCCUCGGUCUUAGACGCCACGUGGCCACACAUGCCACCUCUGCCGGCGGUGACCUCACCUGUAAGGUCUGUCGUCAGGUGUUCGAGAGCAUGCCUGCGUUACUCGAGCACCUGAGUACGCACACCGGCCGGCCGCCCCCGGGGACUGUGGUUCGGGAAAGGAAGCAUCAGUGUGAGCGGUGCGGUCGGCGCUUCUUCACUCGAAAAGAUGUGAGGCGCCACGCAGUGGUGCACACCGGCCGGCGAGACUUCCUGUGCCCGCGUUGCGCCCAGCGAUUCGGCCGUCGCGACCACCUCACCCGACACCUGAAGAAAAGCCACGCGCAAGAGUUGGAGACCCUGCCGCCAAUGCCCAUUAAGGAGGAGCCUAGUCCCACCAUGUGCUCCGUCGGAUCUCCAAAAGAUGCCACAGAGGCGUUUUCCAUGGCCUUGUUCAACCAGCAAGGCCUUCCGAGUGCAUCUACCUCAGGGGUCAAUCAUCAUCAUCAUCACACGAUGGUGUCUGGCCCCAUGUCCAACCCCAUGGGUGUGGGCUGCUACCUCGAGCCAAACAAGCCUCCGCCGCAGCAGUACCAGCAGGCUCCCAGAUAUCAGCCGAGUUCCACUACCUCAUAUUUGAAAGCAGAGAUGGAGAACUUCCUGACCGAACUCCAGUGUGGGCCUAUGCCGCCGCAGGCUGCUGUGGCCACUGCUGUCUCUCGGCCGGGCGACCUCCUUCCUGACGGUCUGGGAGCUCAGAGUGCCCAUUUCACCCUCAGGAACUCGGCAUUCACCUCCGCCGAGCCACCUACCACCUCCGCCAACAUGGACCUUUCGCACCUGCUGGGCUUCCUGCCAUUCGGCCUGCCUCCCUACACUACUCACCUGGGAUACUCCACCACCACAACCGCCGCGUCCCCAAGCCCUACCUCUCAGCUCUCUGGGCCGCUUACCUCAUUUCAGCCACAGUCACUGCAUGAGCCUCAGGCUUCAGGGCACUUAAACCAGCUCUCUGGUUUUUCGCCAACUCUACCUCGAUUCCAUCAGGCCUUCCAGCAAUGAUGUUGCCCGUGUCCACUAUGACUUGCCAGUCAAAUGCAACAAUUCUGUUGUGUCAUUGCCAAGUAGCUUAAAGGGUUAGUUCACCCAAAAAUGAAAAUUAUCCCAUGAUUUACUCACCUUCAAGCCAUCCUAGGUGUAUAUGACUAUCUUCUUUCAGACAAACACAACAGGAGAUAUAUUUGAAAAUAUCCUGGCUCCUCCAAGCUUUAUAAUGGUUGUGAAUGGGGGGGGGGGCACAUUUUGAAGCAAAAAAAAAAAAAAAAAUGCAUCCAUCCAUAAUAAAAGUAAUCCAUACAGCUCCAGUGGGUUAAAGGGAUAGUUCACCCAAAAAUGAAAAUUAUCCCAUGAUUUACUCACCAUCAAGCCAUCCUAGGUGUAUAUGACGUUCUUCUUUCAGACAAAUAUAAUCUGAGUUAUAUUAAAUAAUGUCCAGGCUAAUCUAUGCUUUAUAAUGGGAGUGGAUGGUGCCCCAAAAUUUAAAGUCCAAAAAAAUGCACCCAUCCAUUAUAAAAGAAGUCCACAUGGCUCCAGGGGGUUAAUGAAGGCCUUCUGAAGCGAAGCAAUGAGUUUGUGUAAGAAAAAUAUCCAUAUUUAAAACUUUAUAAAUCUCCAGCUUCCGCUAACUGUCAUACGUGCAUUCACGAGAGAGUGGCGUCCCAGCUUAUGAUGUAGGACGCAGGCGCAGUGUGAGCUCCGGUGAUGAACAAGGAAGCGCAGAGGAGAGAGCAAAGCAAAACAAAAUACCGGUCACAAAUUAAAAGUACAAAACUAGGAUUUUUAAAGAAAAAUGUCAGAGGAUUUCGAUAAAAGCCAAGAGGAGACUGAGUUUUUUGCCUAGCCGUAUUUGUUUGAACCGGAAUACCGACCAGGAACUCUGGGAAAUGGAGGCUGCAGGAGCAGCAGCACAAACAACAGAACUGAGAAGACGGAGAGCUCAUGACGCCUGUGAAAAAUAGACUUGCUGCCUAUCUUUAGCAAAGCAGCGCGGCGAACCGCUUCUGAAACGUGCCGUGGCGCGGCUGGUGUAAACACGAGCAUUGACUAGAGUGGCCGCGGAUCAGCACUGGUAGCCGCGUCGUAGCCAUAAUGUGCCGCUGUGGUGGUGCUCAUGUGGGAUAUGUGAAGUUAUACCAACAGAGGUUGAGAGUGUUUGCUGCCACGAAUGGGCGAUUGGAAUGCCACCUUUAGAAGUUUUUGAUGCUGCCGGUGAGAGGACUGAGUGUUAAAAUAUUAUGCUGUUAUUAUGCCGUAAGCUUAGACGCCUCUUGCAGUUUAAACAAAUAGAGCUGUGCAACAAACUCAAGCUCCUCUUCUCUUAUAUCAAAAUUCUCAGACAUUUCUCUUUAAAAUUUCUCAUUUUAGACUUCUAAUUCGUGACCGGUGUUUUGUUUUGCUCUAUCCUCUGCGCUUCCGCGUUCCUUACGUCAUACGUCGGGUCAGAGGUUACUCUUCUGCCACAAAUCGAUGCGUACGGCUGUCUGCCGAAAGCUAGUUAUUAUAGUUAAUUAAGUUUUAAAUAUGAAUAUUUUUCUUACAAAAACCAAUAGCUUCUCUUCAGAAGGCCUAUAUUAACCCCCUGGAGCCGUGUGGAUUAUUUUUAUUAUGGAUGGAUUCUUUUUUUGUUCAAAAUGCGCCUCCCCAUUUACUACCAUUAUAAAUCUUGGAAGAGCCAGGAUAUUUUUAAGUAUAUAUUUGAUUGUGUUCGUCAGAAAAAAGAUAUUCAUAUACACCUAGGAUGGCUUGAGGAUGAGUAAAUCAUGGGAUAAUUUUCAUUUUUGGGUGAACUAUCCCUUUAAAGGUAAUGAACUGGAGAUGUUAGGUGGGUGCGAAGUCUUCAAAUGGAUCCUGUAGAAAUAGAUGAGAUGAUCACUAGGAUAGAUGGAGUUUUGCUUUUAGAAUAGUUUUAACUUUGUGGUUUUUCCUAGAGGGUCUUCUGAGUAACUGUUUUGUAGUGUUAAAUGAACUCAUAAAAUUUAUGAAAUUUAAAAAAAAAAAAAACUGAAAAGUUAGCAAAAUAAAUACCUCAAUAUUUUUGUCAAGAAGGAAAAUAAUGGUAUUAUUACAGUGUUCUCCGUUGUAAAAUGAAGCACUUUUUUUUUUUUUAUCAACGGCACUUCUAUGACUAAAGGUGCGGUCACAUUUUUCAUUGCUCUGUGAAUUUUCGCUGAUGAAAUACUGUCAUUUCAAUUGGAAUCCAUGUGGAGAUUUCUCACGAGGGCGAAAGAUUUUUCCAUGCAAAUUUGCCGCAUUGACCAACAGAAAGCUGCUUAGUGUGACACCGACUCUUCUGUGUAAUUGGCGCUUCAUGCAUCUUCACUAUUGACUUAAAUUUUCCGCCUGUGAAAUUUCACAGAAAGUUCACUAAUUUGACCGCACCAUGUUGAACUGUGGUCUUAGAUGAACCUCUCAGCUCACGGUCACACAACACAAAAAACCUACCUCUCUAAGCUGAACUCUUGUCAUGAAAAGGAUUCAACCAUUUGACAAGAAAUUAAGCAAAUCCUCACACCAGUUGUGUGAAGAACAUUAUCUCAUUUGAUUUUUUUUUUUUUUUUUUUUAAUAAAAUGCUCAAUGGUUUUAGUUAUGAAUUUUAGAGUCAGGUGAUUAAAUAGCAUUUAAUUAAUUAGCUUGUGUUGGUUUUAGACUUUAGGUGAAAGUUUUUAGGUGCUGUUGUGUUCACAUCCUUAAUGCUAAUGAAAGGAAUCACACUUAUGAGUGGAGACUCGUCUCCUGUAAAUCUCUCUCUCUCUGUUCAUUCCAGAGUCUUUUGUAUGUUAAAUGCAAAAAAAGAGAGAAAAGUAUUGUUUAUUCUGGAAUUGAAAAUCAUAAUCAUAAGUGAACAUUUGUUUAAGAUUAUCCUGACAAAUUCCCAAUAUGGGAACUAAGUAAAAUAUAAAACUAAAAUAUGAACAAUUUUUUUUUUUGUUUGUUUGUUUUGAAGAAGUAAUCAAAUAUGCCCUGCAUAUCGCUGUAAAAAGGGCAAAUAAUUGGUUGUACUUGUUUUACACAAAUGAUUCUCACAAGUUUUCCCAAAUGUUUUGCCUGGAUUCAGAAGUUUCAGACAGAAUAAGAAGAUAUACCCUGUUAUUGCUGAAGCACUUCAUGUAUCUCUCCAUGCAAAACCAGGAGCACUGUCAGAAAAACAAUGUGUAAAUUUGAAUGGCAUUUUAGCACUGCUUCACUGUCUAUUUUUUAGGCUCAGUGUUACAUGCACCAGUGACCUGUAAGGUAACUGUGUUGGUAUAUGUUGUGUCAACUCCAUUUUGUUUAUGCCACCUGAAGAGGUGAAUUCAUUUUAUGAGAUCCUUCUGUUCCUCCCAUUGUGUUCAGAACUCAUCUUGACAAAUCAUACCCAUGACAUUUCCUCCUUUGGCUGAACUGAAAUGGAAUUGACCUCAACUCAACUGUGAUGUUUAGACUGAUCUACCUCAGUGAGAUGCACACUGUGCACAGCUGUACUGUACCUUUAGUGAGAAAUGUAAAGUUUCAAUGGCUGUUUAGCUGGAGUAAACAGGUGUUUUACAUCUUUAAAAUUCCAAGCAUUGGCAUUUUUGUGUUUCAAGGACUGUUUUCCUAAACAUUCUGAAAGCAAAAGUGAAUGAGUGAGAGAUGAAGGUGCGUGCAGAAACAAUGUUAAGGAUGAAUUAAGAAAUAAAGCAUCUUGUAGAACUUGA